UUCCGUCCUCUGCAAUUUGAUGUUAUCCAAAACCAAAAAGUGGAUGUCAUCGGCUGGAAACCACAUCGCUCUCCCAGUAUGUAUGUAUAUAUAUAUAUAGACACACUGUCACCGACAUUUCUGAUCUAGGGUUGGUUUUGCUUUCUUCAUUCUCAGCCCAAAGUUCAAAUCUUUCUGUUCCUCCUCAUCUUCCUCGCCUAGGUGGUCUUGUGGUUGUUCUCUCCAAAUCAGGAAAAAUGCAAGGGGCGGUUAAUGCUUUUUUGUCCCAUGGAAAUUUUGUAAAAAGUGCUGUUUUGCAACGCUUCCGUGUUGCCAAUCCACUACUGAGGCCUAUUAUGUUUUCUCGUUUUGAUUCUGUCUCAUCUGCCCGCAUAGAAGAGCAAAGCUUUGAAAGCACUACCAUUUCUGACAUCUUGAAAGCCAAAGGGAAAGGUGCUGAUGGCUCUUGGCUUUGGUGCACCACUGAUGACACUGUUUAUGAUGCUGUCAAGUCGAUGACACUGCACAACGUAGGAGCCUUGGUGGUCCUUAAACCUGGAGAGCAGAAAUCAAUUGCAGGAAUUAUCACAGAAAGAGAUUACCUGAGGAAGAUCAUAGUCCAGGGAAGAUCAUCCAAGUCAACUAAGGUUGGGGACAUUAUGACAGAAGAGAACAAGCUUAUUACAGUCACUCCAGACACUAAAGUUCUGCAAGCAAUGCAGUUGAUGACAGAUAAUCGCAUUAGGCAUAUUCCUGUCAUUGACGAUAAAGAAAUGAUUGGCAUGGUGUCCAUUGGAGACGUUGUCCGUGCUGUAGUGACUGAGCACCGAGAGGAGCUGGACCGCUUGAGUGCUUACAUACAAGGAGGUUACUAGAUGACGAUGCAAAAU